CUUUAUAGAUUUCCGGCGGUAAGAUUUGGCCUUUAAUAUACAGCCUUCUCAUUACUACAUGCUGCAUAUCGGCUGUCCUAGAUAACAUGACAACUGUUCUACUAAUGACUCCUGUUGCAAUAAGACUAAGUGAAGUUAUGGAAAUCGAUCCUGUGCCAGUACUAAUGGGUAUCAUAGUUCACGCCAACAUAGGCGGAGCAAUAACUCCCAUUGGUGAUCCCAUUAGCAUAAUAGUUUGCUCAAAUCAUUUUAUAUCAAGAAAUGGAGUAACAUUUUCUAAGUUUGUAGCACACUGUCUACCGGGAGUAGUUCUAACUGUUCUCUUUAGUUGUCUUUAUAUGAGACUUAAAUUUUGUGAUAUUAAUUCUUUGCGAGUUAGAGAACCAAAAGCCUUGAAAGAACUUCGUCGUGAAAUCAUUAUUUGGCAGAGAGCAGCAAAUUCAUUGGCAAACUAUUCGAAAGAUGUAGAUUUGGUUCGUGAGACAUUGAUGAAGAAAGUUGACAUUUUGAAGCACAAAUUGAAGAAGAAGCAAGCUGGUGUUGGAUCAGAGGAUGCAUACAUUCAUACAUUGGAAGAACUUAAGGCAGCCUACCCAAUUCGAAACAAGACGCUGCUGAUUCAAUCGGGCUUCACUUUGGUCUUUGUGAUUUCUAUGUUCUUUGUUCAAUCCGUGCCAAGUUUGCAAACUCUUCCACUGGGCUGGGUGGCGCUACUUGGUGUUGUCUUCCUGAUGAUAAUUUCCAGUCGCAAUGACAUGGAUGCUAUGGUCCAUAGAAUUGAGUGGACAACGUUGCUCUUCUUUGCAGCCAUGUUUGUUAUCAUGGAGUGUGUAGAGAGGCUUGGACUUUUUGUAUGGAUCGGUAAUCAAACAGAGGAUGUGAUCCUGCUUGUGAGCAAGGAGAAUCGAUUAGCAGCGGCAGUUUUCAUUAUUCUAUGGAUCUCAGCGAUGACUUCUGCUGUUCUUGAUAGUAUUCCAGUAACAGCUAUGAUGGUUAAGGUUGUAGUAUCGCUGGUGGCAAAGGACACUUUAGGGCUUCCACUUCAACCACUUGUCUGGGCAUUAGUUUUUGGAUGCUGUUUAGGAGGAAAUGGGACACUUUAUGGAGCUUCUGCAAAUGUCUUAUCAGCUGGAACAGCUGAACAACAUGGAUACAAAAUUACUUUUACAAGAUAUUUGAAGUUUGCUUUCCCCAUGAUGAUUGGACAAGUUGCAGUUAUUACAUCGUACUUAAUGGUGGCACAUAUUUUUUAUGAGUGGCAUUAAAAAUAAUGGUUUUUAAUCUCUGUUAUA